GGUGAAGCUAGCUUAAGGUCACUUAAGACUGCGGUGGAGUUAACCAACGAAUUAAUAUGGUUUUCCUAUCCCUGUCGUGUUGGAUAAGAAAUCGGGGACCCGACAGAUUCUGGAAGGUUCAAGAACUUCUCAAACAUGCUCGGCACUUCCGAGGCCGGAAGAACCGGUGCUACAGUCUGGCCGUCCGCGCCGUCAGGAGAGCCUUCGUCUACGCCACCAAAGGUCGCAAGCUCAAGAAACGCAACAUGAGGACGCUCUGGAUUACACGUAUUGCAGCAGCAUCACGAGAGCAUGGCCUGAAGUACCCUGUCCUCAUCCACAACCUCAUCAAGACCAGCGUUCAGCUGAACAGGCACGUUAUCAGUGACCUGGCCAUCACAGAGCCUCGGUCUUUCCAAGCGCUUGCGAAGCUGGCCAAAGCUCGGCAACAGGAAGGGUUCCGUGCAGCGCUGGGUGACAGCAAGGGGCCUCCUGGUGUCUUUUCCCGUGUUGUUUGCCUGCAGUGAUGGACUUGUACAUGUGUGGAUUUUCAGUUGCUCUUCGAUUGUUGAGAUAUUCAUGGCGAACAGGAGCACACUCACCCGAUUUCCUCAGUUCUUGCUCAGUAUGAUUCAGAUAAUUAUUUAGGAAAUGUUGAGCAAAUUAUUGUUUACUUUUGUGAUGGUUUAUUGGUCACGAUAAAGAGAAAGGAACUUACCUUAAGGCCGGAGCUGACAACUGUAUCUAAUGUAUGUUGUUUUAUGAAAACAAGUUAACACCUGCUGGAGAAUUCACUGCCCAGAGAAUUCCAUUAUGCACUACCUGACUUGUGUGUCUUGCCUGCAAAAUAUUCAUUUAUGAUAUUUUGAUAUUAAUUUAUGUUACCUGGAAUUAUAAUCUUGCACACAGGUCAGUUCCUUGGCUUUGUAGAAACAGCAAAAUCUGCCUGUUCUGCCAACAGAAAUGUGAUUUCUUAUAGAACAUGAUUUCUGUUGAAGUGCCUUGAUCUCUGACCAUGAAGGAGCAUUUUUCCUUUCAUUAUGUUCCUUUCAUUUCAUUGACCUGUGUCACAGUGGUGACAUUUGGCAAUUCUUUUAUCUUGUUUUUCUUUUCAUGGCUUUUUUUUUAAAUCACCAUGAAGAGUCAAUCCAAGGAAGUAGUAAAGACAUGGACUGCUUCUGUGUUACCUGUGAAUGUGCUCAUUAUCUCAAAUGUCAACAAGAUUAAUUCCCCUUCACCCUGGUUGUUCUCAUCAUACUCACCCUUUAUUUAGUUAUGGUAUUUGAUGCUGAUUGAUUGAGAAAUUUGGAGGCUGAGAAGUUUUGCCAUGUAAAUAUUUGUGUGACAUGUUGGUAAUGUUUAGCCCAUUAAACAUUUGUAUACACACA